AAAAUAUAAAAAAUUUAUCAAAUUAUUUUGAAAACAAUUAAAGCGAUAUUUUAGGGAACAAUUAAGUAAGUAAGUCAUAAAAUGAGCAACUUAGUUAUUAAUUAAUUAUAAGUUUAGUUGAACUAAACAAUCGAAAACAUACAAGCACAUCAGCAUCUUAUUAUCUUGGUUCGUCUUGGUAGUUAAGUAAGAAGAACUCAAGUAUGGUCUGGCGAUAAAUUUUAAGGUUAAUGGAGUGAUGAUAUUAGAUUAAAUAGAAGUACAGAGGAUUCUUUAGAAAUCAGAUUGAGUGCUUUAGAAACACCUCAAAGCUCUUCAGGAUAACUAUUGGGUGUUGCUAAAAUUCCAUUCUCUUAAAUCUAAUCAUCAAGCGUUAUUUAAGAUUGGUUUCCUUUGAUAAUUAAAGAGUAAGAAGCUGGUAAGGUCUAUGCAAAGAUUCAAUAUCUAGGUGACUAAUAAAUAAAUUUAGGUACUCCUUCUCAUGCUUUAGCUGGCAUGCAACGUUCUGAGUAGAGAACUCAAUAUUCUUAAUACUAAACUCAAUCUCCAACAUUCGCCUCUUCUAAUAAUUAAGUUCCUGCAGGAUCUGGGUUUUCAUAAUACUCAUAAUCUGUUUAGAUGUAAUAACAACCAUAAUAAUAGGUAGUUUAGAGCUAAACUACUGGCUUACCAUAAGGGUAUUAAGUUUAUUAAGGAUCUCCUGCUCAAGAAUAGGGCUAAAAUUUAGUUUCUCCAUAAUCUCAGCAUUAAAUUUAUGUGUAAAAUAUUUAAGGAUCUGGAUUACCAACUUAGGAAUAGAUCAUAUAAUAAAUUUAAAAUCGUUUUUAACAACACUAAGUUCCUUAAUCUCAAUAUCCUCCUCGUUAAGUUGUUUAAUUUCCCUAAUAAUAAUAGUAGCAAUAAUUAUAAUAUGUCUAAUAGCCUCCUCCUUAACCACUCACAAUUCAAUAAUUCCAGUAACUUUAAUUGUAGAAAGCAUCUUAACAACCUCAGGUGAUUUAAGUAGGUUAAAAUCAACUAGGAUAGCAGGUAUAAUAUGUUUAGUAGCCUUAAAAUAUUUAAGCUUAGUAGCAAAUAGUUGGUGGCUAUCAGGUAUAACAACAACAACAACAACAAUAAUAAUAUGCUCCUUACUAGGCUUAAUAGUAGUAAUAAUAACAAAACAAGUAUAGAGUCAAUUCAUUAUCUACUCUCUAGCCACGUUAACAAUUUUCUGGUGUAGAAAGAUAAUCAUCUUCUCAAUUACGUCUUCUUCCUUAUGAUUAGGUUUAAUAGCAAUAAGUAUAAGUAGAUGAUAUGUAAGGGUUAGUGAAUGCCUUUGAUAACUAGUUAGUAAUUCAUAAUCCUCCUGCAGUUAUUGGUCUACCUUAGCAAUAAACAGAUUAUAUAUCUUAAUAGCCUCUUAUGCAAUCUGUAGUUAGAUUAGUUCCAAGUUCUUAAUACUAGGAACAGUUAUAGCAAUCACCAUCAUAGCAAGUAGUUCAUAUUUCUGGACAGCCUCUUAUCUAAGAAAUAUAGCAACCUUAAUUCUAAACAUUAAGUAAUUCAUAAUUGAGACUUGUACCAAUUUCACAAGUAUAGCAUUAAUAAUAAUAACAACAAUAGCUAUAAUAAUAAGCAUAACCAGUUUAAGGAAUUACUUUACUAGGACGCUAAAAUAUCUCUUAACAAUAGCAAGUAUAGUAGUAACCUAUCUAACAAUAAGUUAAUCAAGUUUCAAUGCAAAUACCUGGACAACCAUUAAGCAACUCAUAAAUUAGAAUUAUUCCCUUAAAUUAAGCUUAACAAAUCUAAGCUGCUUAAUAACAAUAAUAGUAAAUAAUAUCAUACCAACCUUAGUAACAAUAAGUUUAAUAUGCAUACAGUCCUUAAGUUUAAUACGUAAAUUAAUAGGUAUUACCUUAAUAAGGCUUUGGUAUGCAGUAAGGAUCUCUUUAUUAACAACAACAAUAGUUGACUCCUGGAGUUUAAUUGAUAUCUUAACCUUAUGGAUAGCUUUAAUACUAGCAAUGA